AUGGCCGGAUCGGAACGACCUCUUCACGUCCUUAUUGUCUGUCUGGGAAACAUCUGCCGGAGUCCCAUGGGGCACGCGGUAAUGGAGCAUGAAGCAAAGAAGAAGGGUCUCAAUCUCGUAGUUGACAGUGCUGGGACUGCAGCUUACCACGAAGGCGAAGAACCAGAUGAGAGAACAGUCGCGACAUGUAAGAAGCAUGGAGUUCCUAUUGACCACCUUGCCCGAGCGGUCGUACAAAAUGAUUUCAAAACAUUCGAUUACAUCCUGGCCUCUGAUACUCAGAACCUUGAAAACCUGCGACGGGUAGCGCCCAAAGGGAGCAAGGCAAAAAUUGCCCUAUUCGGCUCCUUCGACGAUAACAAACCAAUACAAGACCCAUAUUAUGGCGGGAUGAGGGGGUUUGAGAAAACAUAUGAACAAUGCGUUCAAUACUCGCACGCUUUCUUUGACUACGUUUCCGCCAAUGGAUCACCGACUGCUUCGCUCUAA